GUCGUUGUGUUUCCUCUGAAACUGCUCACGCUAGACAUUGGAUUAACAGUUUGAUUUUAAAAGUCUUUACAUUAGAUCGACUUAUUUAUCAGUUAAUUAAUCUGUCAGGAAAACUCCAGCGUUUAUUGAUGACAACCUCAUAUGUACCACUUAACGCACGCCUGUUUUUUGAAGUUGUACAAGCUUAUAUCUUUACGGCGUAGCUUCGAAUAUGUGAAUGUUUGAGUACUGACCACACUCGCCAUGGCAACAGAGGCGUCAGUCUCGGCCCCGGGUCCACCCCAGAUCCCAGGCCCAGCCCAGAGGGACCAUUACUACUGGAUUCGCUCUUUUGUGGCUGGAGGUGUUGCAGGAUGCUGUGCCAAGUCCACCAUUGCGCCUCUAGACAGAGUGAAGAUUUUACUGCAAGCUCAGAACCCUCAUUACAAACACCUUGGUGUGUUUGCAACCCUCAGAGCAGUGCCAAAGAAGGAGGGCUUUCUGGGGUUAUAUAAAGGCAAUGGAGCUAUGAUGGUCCGAAUAUUCCCGUACGGGGCCAUUCAGUUUAUGGCCUUUGACAAUUAUAAGAGAUUUCUCAGUACCCAGAUGGGCAUAUCUGGACAUAUUCAUCGCCUCAUGGCUGGAUCAAUGGCAGGAAUGACUGCAGUAAUUUGCACGUACCCGCUGGAUGUUGUCCGCGCUCGCUUGGCGUACCAAGUGACAGGGGAACAUCGCUACACUGGAAUUGGGAAUGCUUUUCAGACUAUCUACCUGAAGGAAGGUGGCGUCUCUGGGUUUUACCGUGGGCUUACUCCAACUAUAAUCGGCAUGGCCCCAUAUGCAGGUUUCUCUUUCUUUACAUUUGGGACAUUGAAGAGCUUGGGUCUGACCCAUUUUCCUGAGCUGCUCGGCCGACCAUCUCUGGACAACCCGGAGGUCCUGGUUCUGAAAACCCACGUGAAUCUCUUGUGUGGAGGUGUGGCCGGAGCCAUCGCUCAAACAAUAUCGUAUCCUUUGGAUGUAGCUCGCAGGAGGAUGCAGUUGGGAGCAUCUCUACCAGAUUUCGAAAAAUGCAGUACCCUGUCCAAGACGCUGAAGCAUGUAUACACUCAGUAUGGAGUUAGUAGGGGCCUAUACCGUGGUCUCUCUCUGAACUACAUCCGCUGCGUGCCCUCCCAGGCUGUGGCCUUCACCACGUAUGAGUUCAUGAAGCAAGUUCUCCACCUCAACUAGGACUGCUACCUCAUGACAUAAGUCCUCCACCUAAACCAGGACCACACCCUCGUGACAUAGGUCCUCCUCCUAAACCAGGACCACACCAUCACAACAAAGGUCCCUCACCUACACCAGGAUCACGCCAUCACGUCAAAAGUCCUCCACCUAAAUCAGGACCACAUCAUCACAGCAAAAGUCCUCCACCUAAACUUGGACCACACCAUCACGUCAAAAGUCCUCCUCCUAAACUAGGACUACAUCACACGUCAGAAGUCCUCCACCUGAAACAGGAACACACCAUCACAACACAGGCCCUCUGUCUAAAACAGGACCAUACUAUCACAACACAGGUUCUCCACCUGAAGCAGGACUGCACCAUCGCGACACAGGUUCUGGACUUCAUAAUGAACCAAGUUCUCCAUAUAAGUCAGAACUACAUUUUCAUAAUUCUUCAGCCUUCAGUGCCCUCCAUCCAGCUUUGUUUUGAGUCAGGAGAAACGGGCUCCUGGCCCUUGGCAACACUGUGACAUCUCUGUUGGCCAAUCCAGUAAGCCAUCCAGUCAUCUCUCGCUUCUCUGCCAGUCCUACGACAUCACUGGACUGACCUGUUGUUUCCAGCAGCUCCAUGGCAACAGUUACCAUGGAAACUGAGAACAAUUGUUUUCCCUUUUUCUUUUAUGUGUGACUAAGGGGAAUGCCGACUAAUGUACGUCACUGAAAACACGACGUCACGAUGGAAGGGAAUAAGUCACGCUAGAAUCUGCCUUAACCAAUCAGAGACUCCCAAUGCAUCCUUGAGUUUUCUUCUUUGUGGCCACAUGUUUGGCAUGGCUUUACUUUCUGAAGUUCACCUGAAGUCUUACCUGCCAUUGUAAUCAUUAUUUUGUUUGCACUAAACGUUUCUGGUCUGUUCUGAAUUUCAGGGGUGUAUAUUAAGUGAUGUUUGAUGAGAUAAAGUGUUCAGUGUGUAAGUAUAUGACUGUGUCAGACACUGGUGUGAGGGUUGGAUUUAGACACCCUCUAUAAGACGUGGACCGUCAAACUAGCCUGGCGAUAUCUUUCUCUUUCUGCUCUCAGUAACAGCUGGAAUCUCUCAUAUGAACAAAAAAAAGCUCUGUCAAAGCUCACUUUGGGAAUAUGCUAAUUACUGCCCAUCCAUGAGAUUAAUAUAUAAAAUUAAUGUUGUCCUAUCAAUAUUUUUUACAGAUUAUUUAGAGAGUACUUUUGGAUGGACAGUCAUGUUCUUUGCAUCAUGUGCGUUGCCAUAUGCUAAUUUCAUUGGUAGGCUUGAACCUUGUCACUCUAGUCUCCUUUCUCAGAUGUUUCAUUUCAUAAUUGCCCAAAUAAUACUUCAGUUUUUACAGUUAAUGAGUGAAUGAACAAAACAAAAAUAAACAAACAAACAAACAAAAUGGAAAGUUCAGAACACUCUUGACUAACUUGAGCUGUGAACCAUUUGAAGAAUUAUUUGGUGUGUCAUUUUAUAGUUAGCCACACAGCGGCAGCACUGAGUCUGAGUUAAAAUGAGCGUGUGUUUCUUGACCCUGAAGGCAUCUCUCAUGAGAGCAUGCCUUUCUCCUGCAGGCUUUCUAUUAUGUGCAAGUCUAUCUAUAAUUUUGUAAUAAUUUUUAUUGCAGAGAUGACUCAUACAGCCUUAUUCGCAGUCACAGACACCUUCAUUGUAGUACAGAAGUUACCGAAGCAAAAUGCAGCUGUAGAUAACAUGCAGCCCGUUGAUGAAUCAGACUUAUCAGGAUGGGGUUCUUCUUAUAUUUAUUCUUCUAAUCAAAUUAAUCGUUCUAGUUCUUUGCUGUCAAAAGAAAUCUGUAUAAAAUGAAGAGACAAAGGUUACGUGUCCUUGCUGCUCUGGAAAUGUUAUCCUGCUGCUUUCACAAUCCUUGCUAAAGAAUAUGAUCUGAAUGUUAGUCUUGAUAUUGAUGUCAUUUCAAUGUAAAAUAUACGUGUACAAAUUGGGUUUGAGUUUUACAUUUUUUUUUUUAUUUUUGUGGUUAAAUAAGGAGAAAUUAGUAAUCUGUCUAAAGUACUGAACGAUGCCU